UUCAUGGAUCAUUCCAUUUGUUACUGCGAUGUAAACACGUGCCAUCCUUUUAAGUGGGAAGUCCAUGUUGCUUUUUAAAUUGAACUAUCAUGUUUUAAUGUUUUAUAUAAAAUUACAUUCAUUUAUUAUACAUUUUGAAAUGUUUCUAUAUAAAUAGUGAUUAUAAUUUUAUUCUUUUAAAAUUUAUAUUUAUAAUAUAACUUUUAAUAUAAUAGAUAAAAUAAUUAUGCAAAAAUAUUACAAAUAUUAUAAAUAUGGAGAUAUUAAUAAAAAAAGUGUAUAAAAAUUUAUAAAGUUUUUAAUAAAAAUUGUUUAUAUAUACUACAUAUUCAGCGAUUUAUAAUUAAAAAUACGCAUUAAAAACUUAUUUUUGCUAAUUACUAUGCUAAAUUUAAUGUUUAUUGUGAUUAAUUUAAAAGUUGUUUAAAAAAUAAAGCUAUGAUAUCGUGUGAUUUAAAUAAAAAUUAAGAUAAUAUUGUGCUUUAAUUUUUUAUACAAAUAUGACUUAAAUUAUAAUAUAAUUUUCAAAAUGGAAAUGUGGUGGUUUUCUCGAAUAAUAGCUCAUCAUCCUUAUACUAUUCUAAUGAUAAUACUUAUUUUUUCUUCAACAUGCUUAAUUGUUCCCUUAGCUAUUAAAAAAUUUCCAGACUUUUCAGAUCCUCAAUUAGGAUUUGAAGCAAGAGGUACAAUAUUAGCACAAAGACUUAUUGCUUGGCAAAAUUUAUUAGAAUCAAAUAAACCAAGAGGACAAUUAGUUGAUAAUCCUUUAGAAUAUUAUCAUUAUGUGCAACAAUUAAAUCAACAGAAUUUACAGAAUCCUAUUAUACAAAAUUAUAGUUGGAUUGAAAAAAAACCUAAAAAUAAGAAAAAAGGAGGAAAGAAAUAUCAAAAACAAAUUAAUAAAGAAGAAAUAGAUAAAAUUGAAAUUAAAGAUAAAUGGGAAGAAUUAAUAGAAUUAAAAAACAAAAAUAAAUUAGAUAUGACAAAGGAUUAUAAAAGUCAAGAUUAUAUUGAUAAUGAGAAUUUUUUUUGUAAUUUGCCAUCUUCUGCUUAUGCACGUGUUGUUAUUGGUAGAAACUCUAAAGAUUCAAAUUUAUGGUCAAUGGAAGGUGUAUUAGCACAAUGUUAUAUUGAUGCAGAGCUUAGAUCAAAUUCACAUUUUUCUUCUUUAUGUCAAAUGUCAAUAGAAUAUAAUAAUUCAAGGCAAAAAUGUUGUAGAAGUUGGUCUCCAGCAAAUUAUGUUGCACUUUUAUCUAAUCGAAGUUCUUGUUUGGGUGUGACAGAGAAUGAUCUCAGUCGUGUUGAAACUCUUUUAAAAAGAUGUAUUUAUUAUUACCAAAAUCGUCGUUUAACAUCAAAUUGUGCAGAAGAUUUAAAUUGUCAAAAACAUGUUCCAACUGAAUGCUAUAUGCAUAAUGCAGCAUAUCAUUUAUUGCAUUAUUUAUUGGAUACUGAUUUUAUUUUGGAUCGAGAGCAAGAUCCUCAAAAUAAGUUAAAUUCGACAUUAAAAUAUGCAAUGUUAUUUUUACCAAUUGCUGCAAGCUCAGCUACUUUAGAUUUUUAUAAAGGAUUAAAUGAUGUUGAUUUAUCUUAUGGAAAAUUUUGUGUAAAGGGAAUGCAUUUGGGUUUAAAAAGUAUAUUAUUUGAUCGACUGUUAGUGUCAGAUUCCAUUUUAUUACUUACUGGUUUUACCUUUGUAACAAUUUGUAUAUGGGCAUAUACUGGUUCUUUUUUAUUAACUGUCACAACCAUUAUUGCAGUAAUUUUUAGUCUUGGCAUUUCAUAUGCAUUUUAUACUUUACUUUUGCAUAUAAAAUUCUUUCCAUUUAUGAAUCUCUUGGCAAUUGUUGUUGCUGUAGGAAUAGGUGCAGAUGAUGCGUUUAUAUAUUGCAAAAUUUGGGAAAGAGGUAAAGAACAAAAAAUAUCAAAUAAUGGAUUGGUCAGACUGGUACAAGAAACAAUGAAACAUGCUGUUCCAUCUAUGUUUGUUACAUCUUUAACUACUGCAGUAGCGUUUUUUGCAUCAGUUGUUAGCAAUGUUACUGCUAUAAAUUGCUUCAGUUUAUUUUCAGGAAUGACUGUCAUUGCAAACUUUUUUUUAAUGAUUACUUGGUUACCAGCAUGUGUCGUAGUGUCAGAACGAUUUAAACUUGGUAUUUUAUCUCCUGCGAAUUUUAUAACACGAAAAAUUGUUAGACCUUUACGAUUAUUUGGAGAUAAAAUAACGAUAGGUUUUAAUUCUUUUCUUAUAAAGAUAGUUAUUAAUUUUCGAUGGUGUUGGUUAUUCAGUUUGGGUAUUGUAGCAAUAAUAUGUUGUAUUAUUGUUUUCCAAUAUCCUGGUUUACAAUUGCCAGAUACUGCUGAUUUCCAAUUAUUUGAUAGUUCUCAUCCAUUUGAAAAAUAUGACUUGAUAUAUGCUCGAAAAUUUUGGUUUGAAAAACAUGAAACAAUUGAUAAUGGAGAUAUGUUGCCAUUAAGAUUUGUAUGGGGCGUUAAACCAAUCGAUAACGGUAAUUAUUUAGAUCCUGGUUUAAUUGGUACACCAGAAUGGGAUGAAUCUUUUGAUGUAUCUCAUCCAGAAUCACAAUUAUGGCUUGAAAAAUUUUGCUAUGAUUUACGAGCACAACCUUUUUAUCGUAAUACGUUAGGACCUUUACUUCCUAACUGUUUUAUUGAAUCAUUACGUAAAUGGAUGCAAAGACGUUGUGAAGACCCCAUUGAUCCACAUAUUAAUUAUAUGCCAUGUUGUGAAAAAAGUAAAUUUCCAUAUAACUCAAGCACUUUACAACGAUGUGCAGCUGAAGCUAAUGCAGGAUUAUAUCGUACUCCUUCAUAUUUAUGGGUUCGCAAUGGUGUUUUUGCUGGUUUAAAAUUUUUGAGAGAACCGAAUUCAACACAAUUACAAAUAUCAAAUGAAACAAAUUCAAUAAUAAUGCCAACACUUAAAAUUAAAGCUUUAAUUGUUGAAUAUGAUAGCAUAUAUAAUUAUAGUCUUUCUUUUUCAAAUAUGGAUCAAUUUUUUCAUCAGGUUGAAACAUGGAUGCAAAAUCAAUUAAAAAAUGCUCCAUUAGGAAUGCGUGGUGGUUGGUUUGUUAGUAGAUUAGAAUUUUAUGAAUUACAACGAACAUUGUAUGAAGGUACUCUUUGGGCAAUGGGAGUUUCAUUGAUUUUAGCUUUGAUAGUAUUGGCUUUUGUGACAUUUAAUCCUCUUAUCAGUCUAUAUGCAAUUAUAACAAUUGGUGCAGCAAUUACAGUAACAAUUGCUGGUUUGAUUCUUCUUGGUUGGAAAUUAAAUGUUUUAGAAAGUAUUACAGUAUCUACAGCAAUAGGUUUAACUGUAGAUUUUAGUUUACAUUAUGUAGUAAGUUAUAGAGCAUGUACUUCUAAAGAAAGAGAGGACAGAGUAAAAACAGCUCUUACACAAAUGGGUGGUCCAACUUUAAUGGCUUGUCUUACAACUGGUGCUGCUGGUGCUCUCAUGCUACCUUCAUGUGUAUUAGCAUAUAUUCAAAUUGGUAUAUUUUUAUUACUCGUAAUGGGAAUAAGUUGGAUAUAUGCUACAUUUUUUUUGUGUCCAAUAUUAGCAGUUAUAGGUCCAUCAUCUCAUUUCGCUCAAUUUCAAUAUCCUAGAUUAAAUCUAUUAUGGAAUUAUCUUCGUAAAAGCAAGUCUGGAAAUGUGCCUGAUUCAAAUACAGAUAAUAAUAGGGCUAGAAGAAAGAUUAAAGGAAGAGGAAUGUGGUCAGAAUCUACUUUAAGUACAUCUAGUACAGUAUGUCAAUUCCAUUGUAAUGAAAUAGAAACUUUCACUAGACCACCGCCAUCACCAUCAUUACCUCCAUCUCCAUCAUCAGCAUUACUUCAAUAAGAUAAAGGUUAAAUAAUAAGAUGGAUAUAUUUUAAAGAAAAAGAAAAAAUUCUAAUUAUGAUGUUCCAUAAACUCUUCCAAAUUUUUAACAAUGAAUUUAUUAUUCAUGUGUAACUUAUGUCUCAUAUAAUCUAUGAUCAUGUGUCACUAAUGUGUCAUUGGCUGUGUUCAAAAUAGUUUUAAGAUAAUUAUUUAUAUCUAUUAUUAAUUCAUUGGGCUUCCUAUAUCAGUUACGCAAAUAUAUUGCAUAUAUUAUAUUAUAUCCAUUGUGAUAUAAGUCAGGCUUUAAAUGCCAAAUAUAUCGCAGGCUGUUUAAUAUUUUAUGAUUUAUUUUAAGUCUCAAUUUUUAAUAAAUUUUGAAACUAUAUAUUAUGUUUAUAUCUAAUGUAACUGAUAAUAUUGAUAAAAUGUUAUACUAUAGACUUGCAUUUACAUAUCUAUGAAUGCAUUUUAACUUUUUUUUUUUUAUUAAAAUUUGUAUAAAAUAUACUUGUAAUUUCGUUUUAUGUAAAUAUAGAUUUUUUUAUAUGCAAAUAUUAAUAAAUUUAAUUAUUUCUAAUUUAAUUUAAAAUAAAUUGAUAUAUAUAAUUUAAUAUGUUUUAUUGAUAAUUGUAUUAUAUAACUUUAUAUUUAUUAUACAUUAUUAAGAAAAAUUAAAUAUGUUAUUUGAAUAAAUUUAUCAAAUUGAUAAUUCAAAGAUUACAUACAGAGACUGUUUAAUUUCUAAAUGAAAUAUUAUAAUAAAUUUAAUAGAAUGAAUGAAUUUAUUAUAUAUUUAGAAAUAAGAGAAUAUUGAAUUAGUUGUUUUAUUGAGUAAUGCUUUCAACUUUAUAGAAAGAUGUAUGUGUGUAUGUCUGUAAUUAAAUUUAAGAAAAAAUAACGGAAUGUGCUAUUAUAUAUGAUUUUAUUUCAAGAUUAUUUAUGUUUAUAAACUAUAUAAACUAUUUACAAAAAAAGACUGACAAAUUUGUAUAAUUUUCAUAGAUGAUAUUGAAUAUGCAAAGAAAGUUUAAAACAAUUUUUUUUUAAAUUUUGUUUCUUAAAUAUUUUAUUUAAAAAAUUUUAAUUUUAUUUAAAUAAAUGUUCAUUAUUUAUUAAUUUCUGAUAUUUAAGAUAGUUUAUAUCUAUAAACAUUAUAUUUAUUUUUAUCAAGUUUGAAAUAUUAAAUAUUAUUAUACAUAAUAGAACAAAUAAAAAUUCAUUCUUUACACAUUUCGUUAUAAGAAGAAAAAGGUACAAAUCAAUUUAUGUAAUACUAUAUCAUGCUUUGAAAAAAUUAAAUAUUAUGCUGUUAAGGAAAAUCCAUUUUUAUAAUUAUUGUAUGUGUGUUUAUCAAUUAUUUAAAUAUUUAUAACUAUCGUAUGUUAAGAAUAUUGAUAUAAUCUAGAAUGCAUUGGCAAUCUUUAAUAUAUCUAUGCGUACGUGCGUGCGUGCGUGUGUGUGUGUUUGUGUGUGUGUGUGCGUGUUGUGUUAUAAUAUAAUAUAGUAAUGUAUGUUAUGUAUUUCAUGUUAAUGCGCAUCUUCGUUAAAACAAAUAUUUAUUCAGUAUAACUAUGUUAAAUAUGUGAGCAUAUUAUAAAAAAUGAGUAACUUUCACAAUAAUCCAAUUCACAUGUUCUCGGUAAAAAUAUUUAGUAAACUAUUUUAAAUAACGAUCAUUUAAUAUCUUAGAUACGAAUAUAUUUCGAAAAAUUGUUGUUUUAUAAAAUAUUACUUUCAGAGAUUAAAAAUAUAUUUCGAUGAAAUUGCCUUUAUUGACAAAAUUUAUAGAAAAUCAAAAAGUAUAUAGAUGUGUAUCUAUAUGUAUAAAUAUAUUAAAACGUACAUAUUAAUAUAAUUAAACUGAAAAUUUAAAUUUAAUUAUAAUAUAUUUAUUAAUUUAAAUUAUUUUAUAAAUAUAUCUACCUGCGAAACAGGGCGUGAAAAAAAAACGUUGAUUUGAAAAAUUCGAUUACUAAAGUAUAAUGCUUCUUAAUUAUAUUUUAAGUAUUUAUACACGACGACGACGUUUCAAUAAUAUUGGACUUAUAGGAUCAGUUAAUGGUCGUUUUUCGACUUUUGGUAAUUCUAUUUUAUAUCUUCGAAUCGGUUGAGCUUUAUGAACAAUUUGUUUUCGUAGCUGUGCGAUUUCUUCUUCCUCUUGUUUCUUUUUAGCAGCAAUUUCCUAUUAUUUCCAUUUUAUUAUUGUAUGUAUUAUAAUCUUGGAAAUAGAAUAUAUUAUUAACAAAUUAAUUAUA